CAGAAAGCAGAAGGUGUCAAUAGUUUUCUUCUCAUCAUCAGUUACUGUUUCUUGGAAAUUCACUAUGAUUAAAACCUUGAUUUGGCUAUCAUACAAGUCAGAAGAAAUUAAACCAUAUUUGAUCUAAUAAAAGUCUAGUAUUACGAAACCCAGUUCCUUAUUAAAGAUCAUUACUCAAAUACUGAAACCUAUGAACAUUUUGAAAGGAAACGAUCAGAGAUCAACGACCCCCAUAGCCAUGGUAAUCAAAUGAACGGCAAAGAUUCGGUUUCUCGAACCCCCAUAUGUACGGAUGUACCUUAAGCCUUUGAUUCGUGCUAUAGUUGAGUUGUCGCAUUUGGAAAUAUUCUCCAAUAAUUUUCUAUCACCUUCUUUAAUCUUCAAAAAUACUACAGUAAGUUUUAUUUUUAGUUACAAAGGCCCGUGACAGAAUUUUCAGCAUGUGAGGCGCACGUGGGGAGAUUUCAUAGGACGGCGCUAUAAAUAUAGAAAGAGAGGAGAGAGUCAAAUCCACCAACAAGCUGACACAUCUGACCACCAACGUUGGUGAAUCGCCGAAGAAGACUAAACCCAGUUUCAGAACAGAACCCGAAAUUACAUUUUCUUUUCUUUUUUCUUUGUCUCCGUUAAGACCGUGAGUUCUGUCUCCAUAUCUUGCUCUUCUCUACACCAUUUUCAUAUAUUCUUAGAUAAGUUUAGUCGGUUUUAACUUAUAUAAAAAAAAAAAAAAUCGCCGCUGGUAAUAUGUUUGAGUCUCUCUUUCUUCUCAAAGGUUGAUAGAAAAAGCUCGAAAAUUUUAUUCUUGGAGAUGGAUGGACGGUGGGGAUUCAAGUGGUUCAAGUUCAGGGUGGUGUUAAUUCUGGUCUUAUCACUGUUUGAUCAGAAUAUGAGUUUUCCCUUGUCUUUGAACAGUGAAGGUUUGGCUCUGUUGAGGUUGAGAGAGAGAGUGGUGAGCGACCCUUUUGGUGCUUUGUCGAACUGGAAAGGAAAUGAUGGAGAGAUUGAUCCAUGUUCUUGGUUUGGGGUCGAGUGCUCCUAUGGAAAAGUAGUCAUUUUAAAUUUGAAAGGUCUUUGCCUUGUUGGGAACCUGGGACCUGAAGUUGGGAACCUGGGGCAUUUAAAAUCUAUUAUAUUGCGCAACAAUUCUUUCUCUGGAAGCAUUCCUAAAGAAAUUUGGGAAUUGAAGGAGCUGGAGGUGUUGGAUUUAGGAUAUAAUAACUUUAGUGGACCAUUUCCAUCAGAUUUUGGCAAUAAUCUUUCCCUAACAACAAUUUUACUCGACAACAAUGAGUUUCUUGGCAGCCUAGCACCUGAAUUACAUGAGGUUAAGAUGCUUUCUGAAUUUCAGGUAGAUGAGAAUCACCUCACUAAUGCUGCCACAAGACUGUCUUGUAAAAGCAGAAGUUUUCCUUGGAACAUUGCCCAGCCGGGAGAUGUAGCUCAUGGGAGGCGGCUGCAUCAGGUGGUAGAUCCCUCAAAUGCACUCAAAGCCAAUGAAAGAGAUUCCCAACUGUCACUUUCACCUUCACUUGCGCCUAAUCAUCUGUCUUCACCAUCAGAAUCCUCAUUUUUGCCUUCAAUGUCACCUUCACCAUCACCAUCGUCUCCAUCUCUAUCUCCCUUGGGGUCACCAUUUUUGCCUCCAGCAGCACCCCCCUCCGGUAUCUUUUUUACUCCUUCACCUUCACCUGCAUUAGCACCGACUCCAGCUUCACAACCUCCUGUAGAUCCACCAGUAUUUAUCUCUGAACCACCACAAUCACACAGUGUCCCAACUGAUUCCCCUGCUUCAACUCCAAGCCAAAUAGCAGAUGAGAGUUCUCACACGGAACAUCAUAUGGUUCUAAUUUUGGUUGGAAGUAUUGGCGGUUCCUUGUUUGUUUUGAUUUCAGUCCUUAGCAUUAUCUUCUUCCGAAGCAGUAAGGAGGGUGCUGUUAAACCCUGGGCCACAGGAUUAAGUGGGCAGCUGCAGAAGGCAUUUGUAACAGGUGUACCAAAGCUCAAGCGAUCAGAACUUGAAGCUGCUUGUGAGGAUUUCAGCAAUAUAAUUGGCUCUUUUUCUGAUGGCACUGUCUAUAAGGGGACUUUGUCUAGUGGGGUUGAAAUAGCUGUGACCUCGACUGCUGUUGCAUCUCAUGAAGUCUGGUCAAAGAAUUUAGAAACACAAUUUAGAAAGAAGAUAGACACAUUGUCUAAAGUAAACCACAAGAAUUUUGUGAACCUCAUUGGCUAUUGCGAAGAAAAUGUGCCUUUCACAAGAAUGAUGGUUUUUGAGUAUGCUCCUAAUGGAACACUCUUUGAGCAUCUACAUGUACAAGAAGCUGAGCACUUGGACUGGGGUAUGCGACUAAGAAUAGCCAUGGGGAUAGCUUAUUGCCUCGAGCAUAUGCAUCAGCUAACUCCUCCUAUAGCCCAUAGAAACCUGCAGUCUUGCUCUGUAUAUCUGACUGAAGACUAUGCUGCCAAAAUAUCUGAUUUCAGCUUCUUGAAUAAUGCUACCGCAGCAAAGGUGGGAUCAGCUACCAUGGAGCUCUUAGAAUCCCCACUAGCAGAUGCAGAGAGCAAUGUUUACAGCUUUGGCGUAAUAUUGUUUGAAAUGAUAACUGGUAGGAUCCCAUAUUCAGUAGACAAUGGCUCUCUUGCAGACUGGGCCUCAGACUACUUGCAAAGGGACCGACCUUUGAAAGAAAUGGUGGAUCCAACUCUCAAAUUUUUCCAAGAAGAUGAGCCGGAGAAAUUAUUUGAUGUGAUUAAAAUUUGUGUUCAUCCUGAUCCAAAAGAGAGACCAACAAUGAGAGAAAUCACAGCUAAGUUAAAGGAGAUCACAGAAAUGGGACCUGAUGGAGCAACUCCAAAACUAUCUCCACUUUGGUGGGCUGAGCUUGAAAUCUUGUCUACUGAAGCCAGUUGAUCAGUGAAGUUGAAACGUAAAUAAAUUUGCAGUCUCUUUUCCCUGUCUGUAUUGUUGGGCUCCGAAGCUGUGGAGUUUCGGGUAGAUUCUGCUUGGUCUAAUCUAAUGCCUGGUAAAAGGAAUGAUUUCUUGUAUAUAAUUGAGACAGGAACGAGUUGUGGGGCUCGGUGUGCUGCUACUUCUCCGUUCUUUUCGUUCUUUUUACGCUUUCCUUUUUCCUCAUUUGUUUAUUCAUGUGCUAAAAGUGGUUUGUACAAAUUCCAGUAUAGCAACUUAGGAGAUGAAUAAAUGUUGAUUCUCUUCCCUUUUUCAUUUAUCCUGUAUCAGUACAUUUCAAACCAUCCAACUCAAUAAGAUCACUCUUAGCUCCAAAACUCUCCCACUACUCUCUUCUUUGUUAAGCAUAAAUCAAGUGGCACUGGAGAGCU